AACGUAAACAACUCAUUUGACCAAAUCACAAACGAUAGCAUUGCAAUGAGCUCAUCAUUAGAAGAGACCAAGGCGAUGAUUCAGCAAGUCGAGGAGCUGAUUGCCCUUGCGCCAACUGAUGACAGUCUAUUGACAAUGUUAGCAGACCUGUAUGACGUACUGGAAAAAGCGAUGGCAGAACAACUACCAGAAGAAAAAGAAGAAGAAGAAGAAGAAGAGAAAGAAAAAGAUGCUUUUCCGUGUGGUACCCAGUGUGUGAUUUCAUUUACCCUGGAUGAUCGCCAAUAUCUACUACCUGCACUUGUUCUUGAACGUCUUGCUUUAUCAAACGAAGCAAAGGUUUUGAUUCUCACACCAAUCACCGCAGACACCGUAGCCUGCACUAACCAUAUUGUCAAGCACGCCUGUAAGACACCCUGCCCUGACCAGCGCUCUCACGGUUAUUUGGUCCCAGCCGAAAAUCUCUUGCCAUAUGACAUCUUGGGUAUUUCAGACAUCGAGAACUACAGGCCAUCAAAGCGUGUGUGGUGUAAAGUAGACAAAACAACUACAGUGUGGCAAGUAGGACGUAUUGUAGGGCAAGAUGGCUCUACAGACAAUCAAUGGCGUGUACAAUGCGCGUCUGAUAUGUCGACGCUCCACACCCUUGGGAUUGAGUCCAUUAUGCCUUACAAAAUUCAUGACACAAAAAAUGACACAACCGACAAUGAUACUACUACUAGUGACAAUGAUGACAAUGAACAUUAUGUAGAUGGUCAGAACGACCCUGAACACGAGUCGGAGCACGAGAGUGACCACGAGCUUGAGCGUUGUGGAAAGGAGUGCUUUUACUGGCCUGCCUAUCGAUUCAACCAUCAGGGAAAAGGUCUGGGACUCCAUGGCCAGGGCCGUAUUGAUCCCGUAGAGGCAUUUAUGCCCAACGUCAAGAAAAGAUCUAUCCCGGGUCAAGACAGACCUGGUCUAGGCAGUAAUUCAGAGCCGCCCAAGAAGCCAAAGAGACCUCAGUCACGUCUGGUGGAUACCUCUGUGUUUGCGUUUAUGAACAAAACACUUUCUAAACCCAAGGAGGAGGAAGAAGAGGAAGAAGAGGCCAAUUCCAAUGACAAGAACAAGGACAAGAAACAAGACAGAGAAGGGGCAAACAAGGGCUCAAGAAAGCCGGUUGCAGCCAUCACGCUGAAUCCCAAGGAAACCCAGCGGCAGCUGCAUGCAUUACAAACGGAGAUUGCACAAACUUCAGAGACCCUUGCCAGGGCCCAUGAGUCCGUUCGACGUAACAAAGGAACGCCCAUGGAAUCACAAUUUGUUGCCAAGGUUGACCGAGUAGCCAAAGCCUUGGCUGGUCUUCAAAAACAAGCGGACAGACUCCAGGGUACAUUGAAACGUACCAAGGAACGUGAAAAGAUGGUCUCAUUUUAAUACAAUAAACUUUAUGGAAUCUCCUUAUGAUUACAAUUAACGCGAU